AUGAAACGGAUAAGAAAUCGGGAGAAGUUAACAGAAUUCCGGAAAACGGAACGGAAAAAUUUCAUGACGGUUCGGAAGGAUUCGGAUGAGACUCCAAGAUUUGUCCGUGUGGAAGUGAUCCUGAAUAGUGCGGUAUUCUGUGUGACGUUCACCGAUGCUGAAUACUACCCACCGCCAAUUCGGAUAGAUAAUCAGUCGGAUGUCCCAGUGCUCUAUCAACAGCAAUCAGAAGGCCCAAUAGGACAGCAUCUCAGGACGAUCUGUAAGGCUCGAAGUCAUAUCGAUUACGCCUGGGAUGAUCUUUACGGUAGCCGGCGGAUUGUGCUACAGGUAUGA